AUUCUAAUUAUGAUUGAUUAAAAUCUGGAAUUGCAAUAAUCUGAUAACAAUGAGCUCGAGAAAAAGAGAGUAUUUUAAAUCUGACAGCAGUCGAAGCAGCAGAAAAAGGCUCAGAUUUGACUACAAUUCAAGAAACAGCGACAGAAGCAGCACUAAAAAUGACGAUAGAAGCAGAACAAUCUCCACUGCACAAGACGAUGCCUUUACAAAGCCAAAAGCCAAAAUCCAAAGUCUCAACAGUUCAAGAGACUCUCUUUCAAGUUCAAAGCCCAAGUAUAUAUAUCCUGCGAGCAAUGAUUCGAAGCAAAAGAAAUCCACUUUUGCUGAAAGAAUUGCAGAAAGAAGAAGACUACUCAAUGGAGAAGGCGAAUCACCAUCUGAGACUGCAAGACCCUUGGGUUUAAAUGUCGAGUUACAUCCUUUAUUAAGGGAAUCUAUCGUACUGAAGAGCGAAAAUACGAGUUUUACUGAGAAUGAGAAUGCAAAGAUAAAAAAUGCAAAGCUUCAGCAGAAAUUGAGACCUGGUGUGUCAAAAUUUGAUUUGAAUCCCUAUUUUGAUCCCAAUGAUUUUCAGGUCAAGGACCCCUCGAUGAAGAAAAAAAAGAGGCAAUUGGUAUUUAAUGAAAAAGGGAAAUACAUUGAUAAAGCUAUACAAAUACGAAAAGAAAUUGAGGAAAAACAGCAAAGGGAAAAGGAGUUACUUGAACGAAAAUUGGAUACUGUAAACAACCCAAUUGAAAGCUUGGGUGAAUCAAAUUAUCAGCCUAAGAAACCUCCUUUGGUUGAAUGGUGGGAUUAUCCUAUUUUAUUACCCAAUACAACUUAUAAUGACUUGAAAUUUGAUGAAGAGAGUAAAGAACUUGUCAAUUUGUCUGAAAAAAUAAAGAGCGAAAAUAUAACUCACUAUGUGCAACAUCCAAUACCAAUAAACGCCCCUUGGGAGAAACACUUGCCACCAAUGAAACCAUUAUAUUUGACCAAGAAAGAAAUCAAAAGAAUGCGAAAAAACAGAAGACAGGAAAUAUACAAGGAUAAACAAGACAAAAUUAAAUUGGGUCUUGAGCCUGCUCCACCUCCAAAGGUCAAGUUAAAGAAUUUAAUGAAUGUGUUGACAAAUGAAGCUAUAAAAGACCCAACUUUGGUUGAAAUGAAAGUUAAAAGAGAUAUUGAAUUGAGAAAAUUGAAUCAUUUUAAAGCCAAUGAAGAUAGAAAACUAUCUUCAGAACAAAAAAUGGAAAAGUUCAUGACAAAAUUAGAAAAUGACAAAAACUAUAACGGUUAUUUUACAAAUGUUUACAAAAUCUCGAAAUUGAUUCAUCCUAAGCAUAAAUUUUUAGUUAACGUCAAUGCCACUCAAUUAAAUUUGUUAGGCAUUGGAAUAAUCGUUAAAAACGAAUUUUCUUUAGUAAUAGUAGAAGGUGGAAAUAAAGGCAUUAGGUUCUUCCAAAACUUAAUGUUGAACAGAAUUAAAUGGGAGGAAAAUGUUGAACCCAAAAAAAAAGUCGAGACAGCAAAAGAAAACAGAAAAAGUAAAAAAACAAGUGAAAGUGAUCUCAAAAUUGAAGAUUUAACAGGAAAUAAAUGCGAAUUAAUUUGGAAAGGUCAAAUUAAGGAUUUUCAUUUUAAAAAAUGGUCCUUGCACGAAGUAAAAUCUGAAGACGACGCAAUAAAUUUAUUACAAGCAUAUAAUGCUGAUAACUAUUGGCGAGAAGCAAAAUCCAGUAAUGCAUAAAUUUUGUAUUUAAUUUUUUUUAUUUCGUUUUUGUUUUAAAAGAAAAGAAAAAAAAAAUAUUGAUUGAACAUUUUUCUAUUAAGAGUUUAUUUGUUUUUUUAUAUUUUUUCAGCAAAACUAGUGCCAUUUGAUUGGUGAUAAUUUGCUGUGUG